AGUAAGAUCGCGCAAAACGGUCGAAAAUUGUUAAAAAAUUUUUGUCAAAAAUUUAAAUAAAACGAAAAUAGUCGCGAGGUCGAAGGUGUAAACCAUAAAAUCCGUAAUUUAGUGUCGGGAAAUUUCGCAAAUUAGCUAGAAAAACAAUAUAUCUGUCGCCCUCGGUUUUCAGUUACACAAAUACAUGGUUGGCCCUGAAAAUGACAGAUGCUGACAGAUACGGUCGCGAGUAUAGUAGGCUUAGGAGACUCACUAGUAAUCUAGAUGUCCAGCAGUCUUGCUCGGAGUACGGCCUCUCCGAAGACCAAGUGGCCGAGUUCAAAGAAGCCUUUAUGCUCUUCGACAAAGACGAGGACGGCACCAUCACCAUGGCAGAGCUGGGAGUGGUGAUGCGGUCGUUAGGUCAGAGACCCACGGAGACUGAGCUUCGAGACAUGGUGAACGAAGUGGAUCAAGAUGGAAACGGGACCAUCGAGUUCAACGAGUUUCUGCAGAUGAUGUCCAAGAAGAUGAAGGACGCCGAUGGGGAAGAGGAACUAAAAGAAGCUUUUAGAGUAUUUGAUAAGAACAAUGACGGAUUGAUAUCAUCAUCAGAACUACGUCACGUGAUGACCAGUUUAGGAGAAAGACUUUCAGAGGAAGAAGUAGACGAUAUGAUCAAGGAGGCUGAUCUUGAUGGAGACGGUCAAGUAAACUAUGAAGAAUUCGUCACUAUCCUCACAUCAAAGAAAUAGAGAAAGACUGCAAGAAUAUGGUCCAAAAUUUUGUACAAGAACUGCUUGGUUAUAUAAAAAAUAACAAAUGAUAAACGCGGCUAUUCUUAUUGGAAUAAUGUCUUCAAACUUCUUUUAUGUACAACGUAGAUAUAUAUUUAUAAUAGCACAGCUUUACUUCUCAAAAAUUAUAAACCUAAGCAUUUAGAAACGUUUCGGUACUCUCUAGAGAAUAGUAAUAAACUUGAAAACCUUUUAGAGGAACGUUUUUCUAAUUUAAAACAAAAAGAAACAAGCAAAAAUAUUUUUAAUAGAAACAAUGACCAUAUUUCUAUUCCCAUUGAUAAUUUAUAACAAAAUAAGUUUAACAAAAUAACUGUCAGUUGGAACUGAUAAAACUCGAAAUGUAAGAGCCUGACCUGGUAGAUAAUUUGAUCUUGCAAGCCUAGUUAUUUUUUAUAAACACAACUUACGUUGUUAAUAUUAUUUUUACAUUUUAAUCGGGCAGUAUCCUUCUUCAAAUUGUGUUAAUGUCUAAAAAAAGCAUUAUUUUAAUAUUGCAAUCUCAACUGACAGAUGGAACUGUCAUUCUUAAUAAUUGAUCAUAGCCUGCUUACCUCUUUAUCAUUGACAACUACUGUCAAUUGGAUCUACAUUCCCCAUUGUGUCUUCCCUAUUUAACGUAGGAUCCAGACCACGGUACCCAGAUCUGACGACUAACCACCUGGGGGAGAAGGUGUCCCCCCAGUCGUCAAGUAGGAGACUGGGGGAGCUUUCACAGAACGUGCACACACAAGACAAACAAACGGACGACAAAACAGGGAAAUGCCCUCAGCAAACCCUGUCUAAAUACUGAUAAUAUGUCAUCCUUCACAGCCCUUUAAGAAGGAAUGGCAUACUAAUCAAAGGACGGAAAUUCGAGGCACAGACACACCCAGAACCUUCUGAAAUAUCGCAAUUUCAGGAUUUUUAUAAUAAUUUUUGUAACCAUUACCUUUAAACUAGGAGAUUGUUCUUCGCUGUUGUCCUACAUGAUUAUUACACCCUACAGUAGGCCUUAUUUUGCCUGAAAUUAUACCAAAACCUUAAAACAAAAUUGGGUCGACUGUUCUGUAUGACCAGGAUGUUUUUCAAUUAUUAUUCCUUUGCAUAAGACAUCUCUUUGAUGUUAUUUGUGGACCUACUAAAUUGUUUUACUAACUUACUACAUAUAAUUAGAUAUUAUGUAAAAUAUGACUGCAAACAAGGUUAGUAAUUAAAAAUAAAUGUUUUUUUUAAUAAUUUUUCAAUUUUGUCUUUCACUUCACUCUAAAAUGUAAACUAUAAUAAGGCCUUCUACUGCAAAUAAAAACAUUGUGAAGCAAAUUAAGAAAUAAUUGUAAAAAUUAAAGCCUCAACAGGCAAAUUAAUGCCUAGCAAUGCAAAUUAAGGCAUUUUAUGGGAUGAAGAGUGAAAUUGAGGCAUCUGGGAGCAUCCUCAAGACUUCUUGAAGGAAAUUAAGGCCACGUAAGACAAAUUAUGGCUUGAAAAAGAUAUAACCCAUCGAGAUAGAAUGAAGUAGAGACGACACUAUUUUGUGUGCCAAUACUGACGGAACAGUGUUAUCAAAAUGUCGACUAAACGUUGUACCACGGCAUAGAACAGAAGUAAAAGUUGGAAAUGCUUUUGCCAGUUCUCCCACUUUAUACCACUGAUCUGUAUUAUUUUACUGGUUAGGAUAUAGUCUCCUAAAAAACGUUCCGAAAAAUUGGCCGAUUUGGGCAAAUAAUAUGGCGGACCGGAUGUUAUUUAACAUAACCUCAAUUUCCAUUUGUCAUCACAUUUGUCAUUUAAUUGUGUCAACAAAUUACGAUGAGAUGUUUAUUUUUAUUUAUUUAGGUAGUAUCGGAUAGCAUUAUUAUGAUAUUAACAAUAAACGUUUAUUCAUGAAGACAGAAUAUGCUUCACGUUUUCAUUUUAAUAUUUUCUUUCAUAAAAAAAUCAAAUAAUGGAUGAAUUGUCACGAAGGACAUUGCCCGCAGAAGGAAUAGAAGAAGAAUAAGAAGAAAAACUAAUCAAAUUAUAGGUUAGGUAUGUCAAAUUAUCCCAAAAUUCAGUUCUGUGAUCCCACCAUAAUUUGCCCAAAUCGGCCAGCAGUGUUGCACUUCCGGUCUCCUUGGUGGAACGGAUUUUUAGUAUGUUAAAUAUAGCCUAUAUCCUAUCCAGUAAAAUAAUACAGAUCAGUGCUUUAUACACAUAAAUUGAGAGGUUGCCAGCGGAUCUCACCGAAGUGGACGCGAUACAUUGGCUUACAAAAUUAUUUUAUAGAUGUUAAUAACAAUUUCGAGUAAAUAGUUUAAUAAAUUGUGAAUAGCUGUUGAAAUUUUGUAAAAUUAUAAUUUGAAUAUUAUAAUACAUGUUUAAUAAUUAUUUAUAAUCCAUAAAUACAUGCGAUUGUCCGGUUCCGCCGAUAACAAUUUAAAAUUACUUAUUCUAUGAAACGACACUGGCAGGUAAACAUUACUGUGAAAUUCUCGGAGCCACCCAAUGUAUGCACAAUUAUAUAGAUUCCUCAUCCACCUAUAAAAAAGAUUACGAAAAGCGUAUUAGGCAUUCCAACGACCUGUCCAAAUGGCUACCAGUGGGUAAUGACAGUUUAGAUAUGGCAACCCUGUUGUCAUGUUGUCAUUAACAGGGUCAAUGAUACAUAUAUAGUUAUAUAGAUUGCUCAAAGCUGGUCGUUUACGAGCGGCCAUAUUUUCUGGUAAAUAUUUAUUAAUUUGAAUCGGUUUAGCAAAAAUGUGUUUUAAAACCAAUUUUUUGCCUUUAGGUAAUUAAAAAAAAUAAUUGCUUAUAUUUUUACUUUAAGGCAUAAGCUUAUGUUUAUUUUGAAAAAUAUGGAUGAUCAAUCUAUGUAACUAUCUAUUUCAUUGAUCUUGUCAAAUCACCAGGCCUACAGGGUUGCCAUAAUUUUGCCAUAUCAUACCCCGUCAAAACCCACUGGUAGCCAUUCAGUUUGGAAUGCCUAAUUGAUGUAUUAUUCCCUUUCCUAGUGCCGUUCUAGCCCAAAUGUGUUUUAAAAUAAAAUUUAGCCUUUUAAUAUUUAAAAGAAAAAAAUAAUUAAAGUUUUACUUCAAGACACAAGAGAUCUAAACAAUUUUUAUAACAGAUUAAUGUAAAUAAUUUUAGACCAUUCUAAUUUCAGAAAUAACACUAUAUGAAACACAUCAUUUCAAUAUAUGUAAUACAACUUUUAAAUUUAAUGUAAACAACUUUGAUAUGAUAUAAUAAAUA